CACGUCCCGCUCUCCCUGCAGGUGCAGCCUCCGGAUCCAGCCAGCAUCCGAGUGCUGCGGGGGCACCAGCUGCCUGUCACCUGCCUGGUCAUCUCUCCAGAUGACAGGUUCAUCUUUUCCGAUUCCAAGGAUGGCUACCUCAUCAAAUGGGAGGUGGAGAGCGGGAAGAGGCUGUGCGUGGUGCCCGGGGGAAAGAAAGGCACCGAGGAGCGGCACAUGGGGCAUGCGUCCCACGUCCUCUGCAUGGCCAUCUCGUCGGAUGGCAAGUACCUGGCUACGGGAGACAGGAACAAGCUGAUCAUGAUCUGGGAUGCAGCCACCUGCAAGCGCCUGCACAUCUUCACUGGGCACCACGACGCCGUCUCGGGCCUGUCCUUCCGGAAGGGCACGCACCAGCUGUACAGUGCCUCCCAUGACCGCUGCGUCAAGGUCUGGAACGUGGCAGAGAACGCAUAUGUGGAGACCCUGUAUGGAACCGUGCGGCUCUGGAAGAUCCCUGAAGAGUCACAGCUCGUGUUUUAUGGGCACCAGGGCUCCAUCGACUGUAUCCAGCUCAUCAAUGAGGAGCACAUGGUGUCGGGCGCUGAUGACGGGUGA